AGUGGUUCCAGUCCCCUUCCAAAUGCAGUUGCGGGGGAUCGAACCGUGGUCCUCCCUACCAAGUUCAGCGCCAAUCACCACUGAACCAACUAACAUUUGGCGAGCCAUCCACAUUUUGAUCAUUGAUUUCCUUGUCUUUUUAUUAAACGGAAGUUUAAUAAGAUAGGUGAGAGCCUGUGCAUAAGAACUUUUGUGUGAGAGUACACAUUAGAGAUAUAAUAUGAAAACCAUGUAGACACAGUAUAAUAAAUAAAUGAUUUUUUGUGAACAUUGUGAAUAAAUAACCUACUAGAGCAUUGCCACCCCACACCAUCCCAUGAUCAUUAGUGAUCUUUGUACUUUUCUUGUUGUGUUGUGUCUGAUUUAUUUCUCUAACUAAUCUUGGUAUAGAAAGUGAUAAGAGCACAAACAAUCUGAUUUCCAGAGUUCUGAACAAAUUAAUUUAAUGACGAGAUAUACAUUGAAGUAGAGUCCAUAAUUUCACAAGAUAAAACAUAAUAACAAGGACAUAUAUAUAUGAACAAAGAGAAAUUAACAUGAACAACAAGACAACUACCAAAAUGAUAAAAGAGAGAUUUACAAGACAACAUGUGCAAGAUAAAGAAAGAUGAAAAACAGCUCUUGUUGAGAGAGUCGGGUCAACCAUUUUUUGGAAAAUGUCCAACCUUCAGCUAGGCUGGUAACUCUGUUCCAUACAAAUAAGAUCAAAUCAAUUCUAAUUAUUGUUCGUCUUCUUAAUUUGGUUCAUUAUCUUUCUCUUUUUAUAAUGUAAAAUUUAAAACUAACUUAAAUGUAGAGUUUAGUAAAACAGCAUAAUCUCUUAUUUAACAGAUUAUAUUAUCUUACAAGUGGUUUUAUUAUAUCGCUAACAAAAAGCACAAUAAAUUAUAUUGUUUUACAAAAAUCUAAAUUUAAAUCAGUUAUGCAUUUUAGUAAUUUACUAUAUAAAAGCGAGAUAAAGUACCAAAAAUAUGAGCGGAACGGUAGUCAAACGUUACUUUAUCUUAAUUGUAUGUAACGGACCAAUGGUAAAGGAGGUUUGACCUUUUUUCCUAAACAUUGCUCAAAAUGUGGAUGGCUCAACUCUCUCUAAAAAACCCUUAAGGACGUUUCUCUCUCUCAACUAGGGUUGUUCAUCUUCAUCUCCCUCGCCCCUGUAUCGAUAAAUCUCUCCUUUAUUGUGGCAUUCAUCUUGUGCAUGUUAAGUUCUCUUUGCUCAUUCUUGUAUUUGUGUUGGUUUACUUAAUUUGUGAAAUUGUGAUUGUAAUUAAAUGUAUAUCUCGUAUUUUAUUGAUUUAAUUUGUUGGUAAUUCAGAUUGCUUGUGCUCUUCUCCUUUUUAAUACCAAAAUUAGUAUCAGAGAUUACCGAAAAAGCUCCAAAAUCACCAACGAUUUUGGUGAGCGGAGGUGCUAGUAGGUUAUUUAUACAGAUCCCGCUGUUACGACAUCCGGAAAAGUCGCAUCUUCGUCCAAAGGUAGAGUACGACCAACUAUGCAAUUCGUAAGAGGCGCAUCUUCAGUCAAAGGUAUGUUCUAGAAUUUUCGCUAUGCCACUAUGGAUGCGAUAUGAUUUUAUACCCGCUUUCAAUUUACCUAUUUGAUAUGGAAAAUUUAGGGUUUUUGAAUGAAAUUGGCCUUUUUGGGUGAGAGUGAUUGUUGGUAAAAAAUCUAGUGGGAAUUAACAUUUCAUAAAUGCAAAUAAAGAUAAAUUUUUUAUAAAACGAACUUGUGUGAAAAUUGAUUUCAGCGAUAGAACAUAAUUCCAAGGGUAGAGUAUGACCAACUAUGCAAUUCGUAAGAGGCACAUCUUCAGUCAAAGGCUCAUCUGCAAGUCAGACUUUAACGGCAGAAGUUGAUUCUCGGUCUAUCUAUGUUGGAAAUGUUGACUAUGCAUGUACCGCUGAAAUUGUUAGACGGCAUUUUCAAUCAUGUGGGAUAGUGAAUAGAGUCACUAUUCUGAUGAAUGAAUUUAGUCUUCCGAAAGGCUGUGCGUAUGUUGAAUUCCUCAAGAUUGAUUCUGUUCCCAAAGCACUUCUACUGAAUGAGUCUGAGCUGCACGGGCGAAAAAUAAAGGUCUGUGCUAAGCGUACAAAUAUACCCGGAAUGAACCAAUAUUCUGGGAGAUACACUUGGGUUUUAAGAUCCAGAAGGCCACCUCCAUUGUAUCCUAGACCUGGUUAUGGAAGUGUUCCAAGGUUUAGACGUUCCAUGCGAUACAGACCAUACUAGUGGUCAGCUAAGUUCCAUGUGAAAAUGAGGACAUGGCAUUCUUUACUUGCCAUUUAAUUUCCUGUUUUACACUCUUGGAUAAUGCUAUUUCAUUUUUCAAGUCUGGAUUUCAUGGUAUGUAAAACUGAGAUUUACUGUUUGGUUACUGUUUGCUUAUAUAUAACUUGAUGAUGGGGGAACAAACAUGUGUGCAAAGUUCUCAAUAGGUUGGUUCUUUAUUUGAACUCCAAAAACCAUUUCAAUGGUGUUUUGUUCAUUUGUUUAAGAUGUUUUUCUAGUUGUUAGUCUUGUAAAAUUAUCUUUUCUAUGGUGUUUUAAGAUGUUUUCUAGUUGUUAGUCUUCAAAAACCAUUUCAAUGGUGUUUUGUUCAUUUGUGGCCUGCAUCUGCCUGCAAAUUAUAUGCAUUGCUUCUCAAUGUGGAAUUGAAUUUUGAUUUGCAAAUUCACAAAUGGUCACGCUAAUAAAUACCUAAGGGGCAUUGUUUAAGAAAUCUAAAAGAUUUUUUUUUAGACAUAGUCAACUGCUUGUUAAAGUAAUAAAUAUAUAUAUUUUUUUUUACGGAAAUAUGCUUAGGAUUCCAUUAUUAACAAGUUCACGGAUACAAGUGGGUGCAUCAAUAAAGAGGUGAAAAUUAGUUAGAGAUGUAGCCACCUUGCUAAAGCACAAGUGACUUCAUUGGCUUGUCUCCUAAUAAACUCAAUACAUGAGUUUCUAAAAUAUUAGUUGUAUAUAAGUAAGCAAUCUUUGAUAACAUCAUCAAACUCAGACAUAUCUUCUCUUUUGCAAUGAAAUCUCGUAAAGAUAUUUUGGGAGUCAAGCUUGAAAUCAACAUUUUUCAAGCAUAAUUCAUGAACCUAAUUUAACGCACUAACAAGGCCAAGAGCUCCCCCUAUAUCCACUUUAAGAAUUGGCGAAUCCAUUCCGUUUUAGUAGGAACAAACCGAAAUAAAUAUCCCCUUAUAACAUUCUAGUAUCUUACAAUUUUAAAUAUCCCAAAAAAAGAAAUCGAUUUUCCAAAAUAACAUCACA